GUACGCAGUAGUGGCAUGACGUCAUCGCAAGCCGGGAGGAGUGGCUUGUGCGCAUGCGUAGUCGAGGUUCCGGCGCCUGCCGUCACAGAAGCGUCACUGUCGCAGCGUGGAAUACAGAGGUGCUCAGACAUGGCAACAGGAAGCACAGAAACAGCUCUCCAGGCAGUAUGUCAAGGAAACCAAAAAUUUACUUUCAGUAUUUACAAGAUUCUUUCAGAAGUGGAAGGGAACCUGUUCUUUUCUCCAGCAAGCAUGCAAGUAAUUUUAGCUCUUGUACGUCUUGGUGCAAAGGGCAAGACUGCUCAGGAGAUUGCAAAGGGACUGAAUCUUCCAUCUGAUAAGAAGACCAUUGAGGAUGGCUUUAGAGAGUUAAUGAAUCAGUUAAAGGGAUCUGAUGACACAGUGCUUGAAGCAGCCAACAAGGUUUAUGCACAAGUGAGUUUUCCAAUUAAAGAAGAAUUCAGAGCAUCUGCUGCAAAAUUUCUAGCUGAAGCUGAGGAAGUUGAUUUUAUCAAAGAAACAGAGAAAUCAAGAGCUAUAAUCAAUGAAUGGGUGGAGAACAAGACAAAUAAGAAGAUAACGAAUUUAAUGCCUGAAGGUACUUUGGAUGAAUUUACUCGGCUAGUGCUUGUAAAUGCUAUUUACUUCAAAGGCCUGUGGAAUAUUCCAUUCAAGAAAGAAGUCACAUCCCCCAUGCCAUUCCAUGUUACUGCAACAGAGAAGAAGACAGUGGAUAUGAUGAAGCUACAGAAAAAAUUUAUGUAUACAGAAGCAGAAAAACUUGAAGCUCAAGUUGUGGAGCUCCCUUACAAGGGAGACCAGUUAAGCAUGGUGAUCAUCUUGCCGAAGGAGAACAAUGGUCUUAAGAAACUAGAAACAAAGCUUGUCGGUUUGAAUCUACCUGAUAUUCUGAACAAAAUGCGUAAAGUUGAAGUGAAUCUCUACUUACCCAAAUUCAAGAUGGAACACAAAAUAGAUUUGAAUGACAGUUUGAAGAAACUGGGUAUGAAGACUAUGUUUGAUGGAAAUAAUGCAGAUUUUACUGGUAUCAAUGACUCAAAACCAGGCCUUGUUGUUAGCAAGGUCUUACACAAAGCUUUCAUAGAAGUGAAUGAGGAAGGCACUGAAGCUGCAGCAGCAACUGGUGUUGCAUUUGUAAUGUGCUGUGCAAUUAUGAAUCCACCACCUCCAGUUGUGUUCAAAGCUGACCACCCAUUCCUGUUUCUUCUCAUAAAUAGGGUUCACCAAGCUAUCCUUUUUGUUGGAAGAGUUCAGGAUUUAGCAUCAAGCAAUAGCCCUCAUGAAGAGACUUGUGGUUAAAUGGAAGAAGGACCUCUUCAAUUCUGUUUCUCAGCAAUGUAAUUGAUGAUAUGCUAAGAUAGUGUUGCAUCAGUGUUGUUACUUUAGUGGUUAUCAAAUACUAAUCAACUUGUUCUUUGACACACUCUUGGUUUAUUCAAUACUUGAAAUGUUUCAUAACAAGAAAUGUACCAGUUGUGUAAGAAA